AUGCUACUGGCGCUUUUUGCGCUCGUACACGCGGCAUCCGCUGCUGUGUCCUCGUUCAACUAUGUACCGAUGGGUAACAAUCCGACCCUCUAUACGCCUGGUUUCGAGCCAAUAAUGCAUCUUGACCAGCACACUUUCGCCGACACGGUCUUCGGUCAAGAUCACGCCUUCCUGGUCGAAUUUUACGCCGGAUUGGUGUGGACAUUGUCGAGCUUUCGUGCCGUUCUUUCGACAAUUCGCGAAUUUUGUCCGCGAAUGGAACUCAGUGGUUACGGUGGCGACACGUUCAACGCUCAAACGUGUCGUGAUAAUGGCAUCACUUACUACCCAAUGAUCAAGUACUUCCCACGCACUGCACGGGCACCAAACCAAGCUCGUAUGAUCGAAGCACAGCAUUCGGCAGAAGCCAUGCGUGAAGCGUUGAUGAGGAUGGUAGCCAACGAAUACUCAGUUGCCAGAUAUCCUGACUGGCCAAAUUUGUCCCAUAUCUACGUGGACGGAACUACCACUUAUGGGCAACUAUGGGAAGGAGUGCCGGAAUCGGCCGACUAUCUGGCGAUCAUCUUUGAAGAGUAUGACGGCAUCGGAGUGCAGUUCAUUCUGGAUCUCUCAUCUCGAUCUCGAAUGUUGGGAGCACGACGUGCACUCUCCAACUCAUUGCUUGUUGGAAUGCUAAGAAUCGCCGAAUUCCCCACUGUUGCGCUCUUCAGAAGAGAUCACCAGCAAGCUUUGUAUAUGAUGAGAUUUUCCAAUACCACCUACGCCGACUUGGACCGAAUAAUCAUGAGGGACGCUCAUUUACCGCCAGGAUUCACCGUCAUGCCCACUACAACACUGCGACCUCUGACAACCACUACACCUCCAAUUGUGGACUGCCAACGCUUCCCAGAGAGAUGCCGCGAGAUGUUCUACGUCUCGGAGACGGACAUGUUGAAGGCGAUGCGUAUGGCGCUGUACGAUGAAGUGAUCCGAACUCCGGGUUAUAUUCAGAACGAAAAUCUUACUGGCCUCACCGACUUCGUCACCCUCCUGUCCAAUAUUCUUAAAAACAGCGAACGCGCUCGACUGGUCUUCAUACAUAUGAGAGAAUUCUUGGAAUCGCGCAAAACUCGGAAUGCAGUACCUGUUGAAGAAUACAGACGCCAGUUUGAGAAUGUUGAACGGGUGUAUGCCCAUCCUUUCCCCGUCAACGCUUCAUGGCAGCAUUGCAAGGGAACCACGCCGACGUUCAGGGGUUACACUUGUGGAUUGUGGACAACAUUUCACGCACUCACUGUGCACACGUACAUCGACACCAUCAAAGACAGCAAUGUCAAUGCGCUGAAGCCCCUCAAAAGUAUUCAGGGAUGGGUGCGCGGAUUCUUCGGCUGUCAGCACUGCAAGAACCAUUUCAUGAACAUGACGACUAAUAUACUACCAAUGACUGAACGACGAGUUCGGCAUCCGCAAGAUAUGAUGACGUAUCUGUGGAGAGCACACAACAUUGUGAACAAUCGUCUUCACGGCGAUCCCUCAGAAGAUCCACAAUUCACCAAAGUACAAUUCCCGCCCCCGUUCCUCUGCCCAACUUGCCACUCUGGAGGACAAUUUAGCAGACGCCAGGUCCGCAACUUCCUUUUGCGAUACUACGGAAGCAUCAAACCGCACAAUCGCCUCAGAAAUCGCCAGCUUGCAUUCUUCUAA